CAACACACCCAUCAGUCUUCGUCAAACGACAACCAAACCAUCGCAUUCAUAUCAAUCUAUAACCAUCACCAAGAAAACACAAGCCACCAUUCACCGAACACGAGUAAUCAACGUCAUCGCAACCCUGCGCUCGGCGAAAGCGCGACAGACGAACCCAGCAAGAUAUUUCUCUCUCGAUAUAUUUAAUCAAGACAUGCCCGCCAAAUUCUACGUCGUCAAAGCUGGUCGCAAACCUGGCAUCUACAACAGUUGGGAUGAAUGCCUUGCGCAAGUCAGGGGUUAUAAAGGCGCCACCUUCAAGUCAUUUCCACAGCUCACCGAAGCCCAAGCAUGGCUGAAUGGCUCGGAUACGCCAUCUACAUCCUCGUCGACGGUAUCUAGCAAGCCUGGCAAAUUCUAUGGAGUGCACAAAGGCCACAAGCCAGGCGUCUACACUUCAUGGGCAGACGCGCAAAACACCAUAGCAGACUUCAAGGGAGCUGUCUACAAGUCGUUCAAGACACAAGCCGAAGCAGAAGCCUUCUCCCGAGACGGACAUGCGCAAAAGAGGCCAUCAGAAGAGCCAUCGCAAACCACCCCUCCAGCAAAGAAGCAAAAGCAGGACACAGACGACUUGGAAGACCUGGUUGAACACGCAGCUGGAGAGGGUCCUCUACCUGACGGUGCCGAGGAUGGCUUUGAUCCAAGAAUUACUCUGAAUCCUGUCACUGGAAAGAUCGAAUACAAGGAGGCUACGACAAAGUGGCAGGCUGUCAAUCUGCAAGACGACAAACCUGUUGUCAUCUAUACAGAUGGUAGUUCACUAGGCAAUGGAGCUCAUGGAGCUGUUGCAGGAGUUGGCGUCUACUUUGGUCCUCAGGACAGGCGCAACCUAUCUGAGCCCCUCUCCGGUACUCGCCAAACAAACCAACGCGCCGAACUCACCGCCAUCCAAAGAGCUCUCGAGAUUGCCCCACGAAACCGUCCCGUCACCAUCUACACUGAUAGCAACUACUCUAUCAAGUGUGUGACUGAGUGGUUCGUCAAGUGGAAGGCCAAUGGUUGGCUCAACGCUGCUAGGAAGCCCGUCGAGAACAAGGAUCUGAUCGAGAAGAUUCUCAAUCUGAUCGAGCAACGAAAGAACAUGUCACAAGAGAUUAGCAACAAAGUCGAGUUCGUAUGGGUCAAAGGACAUGCCACCAACGAGGGCAACAUUGCCGCCGACGAGCUUGCCGUUGCCGGUGCAAGAGAAGCUAGAGAAAUCCUCGCCAACCCUGACAUCGAAGAGCCGUAGAGCCGUCUUUACCACUCGGGUUUUGCUGCAACACUGGCGCGGUGUGGGGUUUGAUCUACACAAAUGAGGGGAAAGGGGACAGAGCUCACGACAUUAUGACUUUAAAUAAUACAUAACGGCCGUAUGUAUACUCAUCAUAUGCCUCUACGAUGCUUGCUGAGAAGAGCUUGGUAAACAUCUGUCGGGAUUCAGAUGUACAACAGCGACUUACCAAGCACAUCUACCAUUGACAAAGCGAUGUGAUAAUCUUGUCCUUGAUAUAGAGCGGAUAGAAGGAC